GUCACUCGGGCAUUUCAGAUCUUCAGACAUCAGCUGUACCCCAAUAGCCCACCACCGCCAUGGCCACCAAGACCAAUGCACUAUGUGUAGUGUUGCUGGCUAUAAUGAUCAAUGUGGCAUCCACUGCAGCAGCAGACACCGCCGCAGCCGGAUACAUUAAUCACACAGUUGGAGGUGCAGCUGGCUGGUCCUUUGACACCACCACUAGCAAGUCUUCCGCUGAUUACUCUGCUUGGGCUGCAAAACAAACUUUCAAUCUGGGAGAUUAUUUGAUAUUCAAUACAAACUCAAAUCAGACGGUGAUACAAACAUACAAUGAGACUACAUACAGAAACUGCAGCAUGGAUGAUGCUUUAGACACUGACACAUUUCAGUACGAGGGAGGCAGUAAUAGCUUUGGGAAGCCACUGACAAUAGCUGUACCGUUGACUAUUGAAGGUCCCCAAUACUACUUCUCCGAUGCUGAUGAUGGUUUUCCGUGUCUGCAUGGCAUGGCAUUUGAGAUCAAGGUGGGGCAUGGACUGGGACUUCCUCCAAACCUCAACCAGCCUCCUCCUCCCCCCUAUGUUGAGCCACCAUCCACAGCGGAAGAGGGGCAGUCACCGCCAGUCACGAUAAUAUCCAGUCCACCCAGUGAUGGUACGAGGAAUGGUGUUCACUUUCCUUUGAUGGUUCUGAUGGUUAGCUUGGUGUUGUAUCUGUACGACGAACCAUCAAGCUAACCAUGAUUAGCUUGGUGUAUCUGAUGGUUAGCUUGGUGGAAUGGUGUUCACUUUCCUUUGAUGGUUAGCUUGAUGGUUCUGGUGGUGUAAAGAUAUAUUUCGGUGUCAAUCAAAACCAUCAAAGGAUACACCACCAAGCUAACCAUCAGAAGAACCAUCAAUUUACUCUUUCUGAUGGUUAGCUAGGCAAAUGAAAACGUAACGAAACAUACCUGGUCUAGCAAAUAGCAAUAGAUAAAAGGAUUUGGCAAUUUAACAUUCAGUUUAUGAACCUUUCAAUUUCUUUUAGAAAAUUUUGGGGUCAGUUAAUUUAUGGUACAUUUUGUCCAAUUCCAAA